AUGGUAGAUUUAUGCCCCAUUACUGCUGCAAUAAUUGUUGGUGCCAUUGCACUUUAUCUCAAGAAUUUCUUCAGUGCUCCAAGUAUCAAGCCUAAACCAGCGAUACAAAAGAAAGAUUUCAAGAAGGAUAGAGUAUACUUGUAUCAAUUCAAACGUCUCAAAAAUUGUCCAAACUUGUCCCCGUUUUGUAUGAAGAUUGAGAUUCUCUGUAGAAUGUACAAGAUUCCCUAUGAGAUCGUGGAAUGCACUUCUCUUCGCUCUAGAAAUGGGCUCUUACCUUUCAUUGAACUCAACGGAGAACAUAUUGCUGAUUCAUCUCUUAUCGAGAUGAGACUCAAAUCUCAUUUCAAUAUUCCGUCACUACCAGCUGAUCUCGAAGCUCAAUCUGUUGCCCUCAGCAAAAUGGCAGACCAUCAUCUUUUCUUCUUACUCAUUCGUUUCAAGACAGCUGUAAACGCAUUUUAUGAAACAUUGAUCGGAGGAAUUGGUCUUCCUUCUUUCUUGACUCCAGUAUUUGUUCCAAUUCUAAAAGCAAUAUUCGGCAAGAAGGUGUAUGCUCGAUGUGCUGGGGCAAUCGGGGAGUUCGAAUGGAGUGAACUGGAUGAACUUCUUCACAAAGAUCUGGAAGUGGUUCAGAACUCUAUCAAAGGAAAAUUUAUUUUCGGUGACAAAAUGACACCGGUUGAUGCAACUGUUUUCAGUCAGCUGGCAACCGUGUAUUAUCCUUUCCGUACACACAUUUCUGAUGUUCUUGAGAAAGAUUUCCCGAAGGUUUUGGAAUACUGUGAAAGAGCGCGUAAAGAAGUUUAUCCAGAUGAUUUCACUGUGUAG